CUCUCCUCCUCGAGUUGCGACCGGCUUGCGGCCCCACUAAUAAGCACAGCACAUCAAGGACAGCUGCCCGGAUACACAUCGCGACUCGACGAAUAACCUCACACACACACGAGCAAGCAAUUGAAUUCCGGGGUUCGCAGUCAAGAUGCUGCUUCUCGAUUACCAGAAUGUGUUGAUACAGUCGGUGCUCACGGAACGCUUCUCCGGAGCAACCCCCGUGUCCAUCGACCAGACGGUGUCCGACUUUGACGGCGUCAUCUUCCACAUCUCCACCCCCGAAGCGAAGACCAAGAUUAUGAUUUCUAUCCAAAUCCGCUGCUUCCAGGACUUGCUGCGCUAUGGCGCCGAGGAAGUCCUCAACCGCGAGUACGGGCCGUAUGUUGUGCCCCCAGAGCCGGGCUACGACUUCUCCAUUGUCGUCGACCUAGAGAACCUUCCUGCUGAAAAGGAGGCACGAGAUGAGCUGGUCAACAAAAUCGCCCUCCUCAAGCGCAACGUAAUGGCCGCCCCAUUUGAGCAAGCCUACCAGGAGCAUUACCAUCUCAAGGCAGAAGCCUCCAAGUUUACGUCAGAAGAGGCGCCCCAGGGCGUGCGCGAGGGUGGUGAGGUUAAGGCGAUCCAUUACCGAGAGGAGGAGGCCAUCUAUGUGAAGGCCAGCCACGACCGCGUCACAGUCAUCUUCAGUACUAUUUUCAGGGAAGAGACGGACCGCGUGUUUGGGAAGGUGUUCAUCCAAGAGUUUGUUGAUGCUCGCCGGCGCGCCAUUCAGAACGCGCCCCAGGUGCUGUUUCGCAACGAUCCGCCGCUGGAGCUGCAGGGCGUGCCGGGUGUGAAGAACACGGGCACCGGCGAGAUUGGUUAUGUUACUUUUGUUCUCUUCCCGCGACAUCUCACACCUCAGCGCAUGCCCGAUGUCAUCUCGCACAUCCAGACCUUCCGCGAUUACUUCCACUACCACAUCAAGGCCUCCAAGGCAUAUAUCCACUCCCGUAUGAGACGGCGGACGGCAGACUUCCUCCAAGUUCUCCGCAGAGCCAGACCAGACCAAGAAGAGAAGGAGCGCAAGACGGCAAGCGGGAGGACCUUCAAGGUCGGCAGCUGAGGCGACCGGCUACUUGUGCAGACCUGGAUUGAUGAUAGCCUGCGGAACAAUACAGCA